UCUUUCUCUCACGGUCUCAACCUCCAGCACCAUCAAUCCUAACCAUAUAGCUCUUUCACUGGCCCUGCAUCUUCCCACCUUCUCUCGCUUCGAUUUCCCAUCUGGGUUCUGCUUCUUAGACCCGGAUAGGGAGGAUUCGUGUCGCCUGAGAAAUUCUCACCUUGCGUUGUGUUUGGUUUCUCGGUGGUUCAUCGGAAAAGGAGAGAUAUCGAGAGGUAUUAUUCAGUGGGGAUAAAACCCGGUGUUGACGCGUUGUAGACAUCACGGCUAUUCCCAGAGGUUCUCGGCUUCUCAUUCAUGUCCGUUCUGUACGACGGAAGGGUUGCGUAAUCGUGACCAACCCUUCGCCGCACGGCGGGCGCGGUGCAUUGCCUUCCGAAGGCGGUAGCCCUUCUGACCUCCUCUUCCUCGCUGGCGGUGGUGCUUUCUCCUUCUCUUCAUCAGUAGUAGUAUAAUUAGUUUUAAGUCUUAGUAGAACUUAAUAUUCCUAAGGUAAAUUAGUGAAAGCAAUAAGAUCUCCUUGAAGGCUUCUGGUUAUCGUCAAGUUUGGUUUGGUUUAGUUUCAAAUUUGACUGAAAAAAAGGACAAAAGAUGUUGAGAAUUAAGAGAGUUCCCACCGUAGUUUCAAAUUAUCAGAAAGAGGAGGCAGGAGAGGCUGCUCGCCGUACAGGGGGUUGCGGCCGUAAUUGCCUCAAAGAAUGUUGCAUUCAAGAGGCCAGACUUCCUUUGUAUGCAUUCAAAAGGCUUCACGAGUUUAACGGAAAGGACUUGUCUGAACUUGAAUGCAGGGAGCCCCCUGUGGCUUUUCUUGACUCGCUCAUUCUAGGAGAGUGGGAAGAUCGCUUACAGAAAGGGCUCUUUCGCUAUGACGUUACUGCUUGUGAAACCAAGGUGAUUCCGGGUGAAUAUGGCUUCAUUGCCCAGCUGAAUGAGGGUCGUCACCUUAAGAAGCGACCAACUGAGUUCAGAGUCGACAAGGUGCUCCAGCCUUUUGACGGAAAUAAGUUCAAUUUCACUAAAGUUGGGCAGGAAGAGAUUCUGUUUCAAUUUGAGGCCAGUGAUGAUGGUGAAGUUCAGUUCUUUCCUAAUGCACCAAUUGACGUUGAGAAUUCUCCUAGUCUUGUCGCCAUCAACGUCAGUCCCAUUGAGUAUGGACAUGUGCUGCUGAUUCCUCGAAUUUUUGAGUGUUUGCCUCAAAGGAUUGAUCGGAAAAGCUUCUUGCUUGCACUUCACAUGGCAGUAGAAGCUGGGAAUCCAUAUUUCCGUUUGGGUUACAACAGCUUGGGUGCAUUUGCAACUAUUAACCACCUUCAUUUCCAGGCGUACUAUUUGGCUAUGCCCUUUCCCAUUGAGAAGGCUCCCACUAAGAAAAUAGCCACUUUAAAUGGCGGGGUCAAGAUAUCUGGAUUGCUAGAGUAUCCAGUCAGAGGCCUCGUCUUUGAGGGUGGCGAUACUCUAGAAGAUCUUUCAAAUGCUGUUUCAGAUGCAUGCAUCUGCCUUCAAGGGAACAACAUACCUUACAAUGUUCUUAUUUCUGAUUGUGGAAGGCUAAUCUUUCUCCUGCCACAGUGCUAUGCAGAGAAGCAAGCUCUUGGAGAAGUGAGUGCAGAGCUACUCGACACCCAAGUGAAUCCGGCCGUAUGGGAAAUUAGUGGUCACAUGGUGUUGAAGAGGAAGACAGACUAUAAUGAGGCGUCAGAAGCAAAGGCCUGGAGGCUUCUUGCAGAGGUCUCCCUCUCAGAAGAGAGGUUUGAAGAAGUCAUGGCACUCAUCUUUGAAGCCAUGGAUGCCUCUGUUGAGCCGGCUGCCGAUCCUCAAUCUGCCAAGGAAGUCGAGGCAGCAGACUCAACCUGCUACCCGUCUAUGGUGGCCAGUUCCCAAGAAUGCCUUGUACUCCAGUAAACAAGGCUCUGAAUGAACACAUUCCUAGUGAUUCUGUUGUAAAAGUAGCUACUUUAUGUCUCUGUUUUAAGUCAGUACCCUCUUCCUGCAUGUUAGUGUCGCUUAAUUAGUUGUAAACUGCGUUUGCGUUGUGGUGUGACGUGUGUGCAUUAAGGACUUGAAAGGGUUCUAAUGUAUCUGUCUGGUGAUCAGUGACAUUGUUGUGUUGUGCUUGUCUGCUUCAAUGUCUCUGAAGAAUAAUUGUGUAAUAACUGGUGCUAUAAGCCCUUGGUAAUGUUAUAUGAUUAUGUGUAUGAUUAUGCUCUUUAAA